ACCAAAGCGAAGAGUAGAUAAAGGUUUCUUGUAAAUCUUGGCUUUGCUCCAUAUCGUAUAGCGCGUUUGAACUGCAGAAGGCUUGCUUUUUUAUGUAGAAAAUAGCAAAAGUGAACAGUGCGAAAUAGCACACAACCACUCGUAAUGACGCCAUCACUUCAUCUCUUUUCAUAUGCCUAUCUAAACUGAUGUAAUAACUUUUGGUAGGUGCAAAAAUAUAUAUAAGCUUCCCAAAGUAUUUAUUCAGAGUAUCAUGGUUUGCUUUUGAUAAACUGCCUGAUAAGGUGAAUGGAACAAGACUCAUGAUACAAGUGAAUAAUAUGAUUAGAAACAUCAUAUAUUUGAACUGGAGAGAAAGAUAUGAAGACAUGAUUGAUCAUCGCAGUUGUACACACAACUUAAGCAGUUGUGAAAUUAAAGCAUGAAAAAAUUCAGGUUUAAAUGUGAUUCAAACCCAUGCCCUCUGUGAUACUGGUGAAGUGCUCUACCAACUGAGCCAACUAGCCAACUGGGAGCUGGUCACGUUGUGAGUUCAUAAUACACCUGUAGAUGAUGAUGAAUGCAAGUGAAUAUAUGCUAUGUCAUAUGUUUGAACUGUGAAGAAAGAUAUGAAGACAUGAUUGAUCAUUGUAGUUAUGCAUACAACUUAAGUAGUUGUGAAAUUAAAGCCCGAAAAGAAUUCAGGCUAGAACGGGAUUCGAACCCAUGACCUCUGCAAUACCAGUGUGAUACCGAUAUCUGAUAAAUAUAAAAGAAUCAACCAAAAAUAUUUUUUGGUAAUGCCCAGUUUUAUUGGGAAAACAAAGUUUAGACAGAAUGUGUUAUUAACCAACAGUGCAUUAUAAUUGUGUUCUUUUUCAUGAUUAACAGAUGGGUGCAUAUCAUACAAUAGACCUGGAAUUGAAUAGGAAAUUUACUUUGAUCAAAGAAUAUUGGGAUAUUAUAGCUCUUGAAAGAGUGGACAUGGCUUGUGAUCCAGCACAGCAUGCAGAUCUUGGAGCCAUCUUACUUCAUGAAGGCCUAUGUCACAUCUUUUUAGUCACUUCAAGUAUGACAAUUGUUAGAGCUAAAAUUGAUAUGAAUAUUCCAAGGAAAAGAAAAGGAUUCUGUAGUCAACAUGAUAAGGGGUUGCUUAGGUUUUAUGAUGCCAUAAUCCAGGGCAUUCUCCGGCAUUUUAAUUUUGAGGUCCUCAAGUGCAUUCUUGUUGCUAGUCCUGGUUUUGUAAAGGAUCAAUUUUGUGACUACAUGUUCCAGCAAGCUGUAAAGAAUGACUGGAAGUCGAUCCCAGAGAACAAAUCAAAAUUUCUUUUGGCUCAUUCUUCUUCAGGCCACAAACAUUCCCUGAAAGAAGUUCUUGCCAACCCAGCUGUUACUGCAAAGCUUGCAGACACAAAGGCGGCUGCUGAAGUUAAAGCAUUGGAUAAUUUUUUCACAAUGCUGCAAACAGAGCCUGAGAGAGCUUAUUAUGGUGCAUUGUGUAAUCAUCUAAUAUUACUGUUGUGUUGGAGUCAGUGUUGUUGUACCUUUAGUAUGGCACAUAUCGAGAGGGCAAAUGAAGCAAUGGCUGUUGAAACUCUUCUUGUGACAGAUGAACUUUUCAGGUCAACAGAUUUGCCAACUCGUAAGAGAUAUGUCAAACUUGUUGAAAAUGUCAAAGAUAAUGGUGGUGAUGUCAGGGUGUUUUCAAGCCUGCAUGUUUCUGGGGAACAGCUUGGUCAGUUAUCUGGUGUUGCAGCUAUCUUGCGCUUUCCCAUGCCAGAUAUUGCCGAUGGUGAUGAUGAAAGCUCAUCCGAAGAGGAUUAGGAAACAAAGAAAGAUCAGUUAUAUAUUAAUAACUGGAUCGCUCAAGGAAGAUUGAAAACCAGAAAAUGGAACGACCUUUAAAGACUAUUAAACUAUUGUACAAUAACAGAUUUCGCUGUUUAAUGCAGGCUUAAAAUUGCAAAGAGAUAUGUUCUAAGCCACAAAUAGCAAUGACAUGUCCCUGAAACAUGAAUAUUGACUUGAAAACACAGAUGUUUGGAUACAUGUGGAUGAUCGUGGUUACAAGCCUGUGCUAACUACUUUGUAAGGGUUUUGGGUGCAGGGUGGGGUGGGUGGGGUGCAGAGGCUUAUAUCUGGGUGAACCUAUGGGCAGUUCAGAAAUGUUUCAGAAUGAAAUUUGCUGAAUUGACAAUUUCAUUUAUUUGUAAAGCUCUGUCAAAGUUCUCAAGAAAAUUUGCAGGCUAAUUUAUGAAGAAGUUAAAAACUUGAUUGACGAUGUAUGAUUUGUAGAUUGUUAAUCCUCAAGCAUUCCAAGAACAUUAUGUGUCACCUUAAAAGGCGUCAGUGGCACGACAAUAAAUAUAUUUUCAGUCUUCUUCU